GCGGGUGUUUUGGGAAGAUUGUCAUAAAGUUAUCUUCUUGUCUGACAUUUCUCUUUCUUUAUUCUCUAUUUUAUUCUUGAGAAUCAUCUUGCGUUUUGUGAGGUUUAGGGUUAGCAAAAUGCUACUGCUUUUUCUAGAAAAGCAAAUAUUGUUUUUGGGUCAAGUGAUGAUGUUAUUUUGUUUUCCUAUUAUUAGUUAAUGGGGUCUGAAGGGUUCAAACUCAUCACCCCACAUGUUUUUUGAAGGGGCAGAGAGAUUGCUAGGAUUUAAUGAGCGAGUCCAAUGGCUUUAUGUAUUCGAAGUUGGAUGCUUAGGAAUGAAGGUUCUGUCAUUGUCAUAUGUUGUUGUGGUUAAGAAAUACGAGAAAGCAAAAUCAAAUUUGGAUAAUCUGUUGAAGUUAGGAGCAACAACAAUUCAUGGAGUGGAUGCCACCAAAAUGAAACUUCACUCAGAUUUGAAGAUGCAGAAGUUUGAUCGAAUCAUCUACAACUUUCCUCAUGCUGGGUUUUAUGGGAAGGAGGAUAGUGUCCAGCUAAUCAAGAGGCAUAAGAAACUCGUGCUAGGCUUCUUCAGGAAUGCAAGUGGCAUGCUACGACCCUUUGGGGAAAUACAUGUUACGCACAAAACAUCAGCUCCAUUUUGCCACUGGAACAUAAAGGAACUUGCCUGGAGAAACUCUUUAGCAUUAGUCGAGUGUGUUGAUUUCAAGAAACAAGACUAUCCAGGUUAUAACAACAAGAGAGGAGAUGGCACUAGAUGUGAUGAGCCCUUCCGCUUGGGACACUGCAGUACCUUCAAAUUUAGAUUCUUCGCUGCUAUUAAGAUGUGUGAAGUAAAGAGUCACUCGGAAUUUACUCAAAAAAGUUCUGAAUCUUAUCAAGAACUCCCAAGCCAAACACAUUAUCAGCCAACUUUCUUCCAUGGUGGGCAUCCUCAAACAAGUUCCUCCAGAAAUAUGAAUGACAUUACAGCACACAGGUCGUUACCUCUAGCAUUUAAUGCCAGAAGUGCUAAUCUCUUUGAUAGGCACUUCGAUCAUGCCUCAGAAAUAUAUCAGAGACCUACUAUCAGUGAUGUGGAUUAUUUUGCUAAUAAAACAGAGGGACAUGAAUAUGAAAGGUACAUAGCAGAAGCAUCUGGAAGAUCCCAGCACUAUCAGGGUAAUCCCUUCAAAAUGCAGCACCAGCAAGCUUCAUUCCAUCCUAUGGACCGUCAAACAGAAUUCACCAGAAAUAUGAAUGGACUUCCAGUAUACAUGGGGGCACCAUUACAAAUUAGUACCCGAAAGGAAAGUGUUAAUGCCUCUCAAAGGGUUGUAGACUGUGUUGCUAAUCGGUUACAGAGAUGUGAUUCUGACAGGUACAUGGCAGGACCAUCUGGAAGAUCUCAGUACUUUCAGAAUAAUCCCUUCAAAAUGCAGUAUCAGCCAGCUUCAUUCAGUCCUAUGGACCAUCAAACAGAAUUCAACAAAAAUAUGAAUGAACUUCCAGGUCACAUAGGGGCACUUUUAACAAUUAGUACCAGAAAUGUAAAUGCUAACGCCUGGCACGGGGAUGUGGACUAUAUUGCUAAUCAAGCACAAGGAUGUGAUUAUGAAAGGUACAUGCCAGAAGCAUCUGCAAGAUCUCAGCAUUUUCGAGAUAAUCUCUCCAAAAUGCAGCACCAGGAAGCUUCAUUCGGUCCUAUGGACCGUGACCGUCAAAUAGAAUUCAACAAAAAGAUGAAUGAACUUCCAGUUUAUGUGGGAGCACCUUUGACAAUUAGUAUCAGGAAGGAAACUGAUAAUGCCUGGCGCAGGGAUGUAGACUAUGUUUCUAAUCAAGCACAGGAAUGUGACUGCCAAAGGUACACGGCAGAAGCAUCUGGACAAUCUCAGCAUUAUCGAAAUAUUAAUGCCUCAAAACGAGUACUUAAACUGUGACUCGAGGUGGGUGGGGUAUUCCUUUUUGGUCGGGUUUCAGAUGGAACAAGAAUGUAUAACUCUAGGUUUGUAGCAGGUGUUCCAGAUGAACCUUGCUUGGUGAUUGAAUGUGUGUGCACUGUUCGGAACAUAAAUAUCAGGUCAGAACUGCAGCAUAAGAUGGUGUUCAUAUAUGGUCAGCACACGGAGUGAAGGAUUUUGACUGGUUUUUGUCCAAGCUAACUUGAGCUUCUUUAGUCUUUUUGUUGGCUGGAAAUCCAAAUUAGCAUAUAAUCUUUUGGCAGGAAAACAAUUUCAGGUCUGUUCUUAGUUCCUCCAUACCCCAGUUCCCUUAUUUAUUAACUGGAAAUCUGAGUUGCAUGGCUUGUGUGUACAUAAUAUUGUCAUCAACUGAUAUCCGGAACUAGUACCACUAGUUAAAAUGAAAUAUGCAGUUACUUAUUUAA